GUUCUAACCUCAAAAAUAUUGAAAUAGUGACCAGUUUUCUUCGCAAGAAGUUAUUACAUUUGUUAUAAAUUAAUCUAUUACUUAAGAUAAUAAUAUGGCAAAACCUGCAAACAAGGCAGGGAAGAAGUCGAGCGAGGAGGUGUUCGCCGGUUUCCAAACCCUGCGCGCCGAACAACGGCAGCUCGCCAACAAAAUCUCGGAGCUGGAAAUGGACUUAAACGAGCACAAGAUUGUAGUGGAGACGCUGAAAGGCGUGGAGGCAGACCGGCGCUGCUUCCGCAUGGUGGGCGGCGUGCUGCUGGAGCGCACGGCGGGCGCCGCGCUCGCCGAGCUCGAGGCCAACCUGCAGCGCCUGCCGCAGGCCCUCGCUGCGCUCAACGACCAACUUGCUAACAAGGGCCAGGAAAUAAAUGCUUAUAUCGAGACCCACGACAUCCGCCUGCAGCGCGGCGCCACCACCGCACCCGCGCCCGCGCCCGAGGCACCCUCCUCGCAACAGAACAAUGUGCUGGUCGCCAGCGGCUGAGCCACCACCCCCCAUCACAGUGCUUACAUCUUCACUUUGUUGUAAUAAAAGUUACUGAAACUGUAUAGACUGUGAAUACCUGAUGUGGUAAAUCUGCUCAUUGCCAGUUUCAGGCACUAUUAAGCUGCAAAUUAACAAGUUUCAGAUAUUUUACUAAUAAUUGUGUGGGCUCAAAUACCAUCUACAUUGUGUAGGUUGUAAAAGCUCUUGAUAGAUUUACUUCAUUUUCCAAUUAACAGUUUCUUCUUUUAAAUUAUGCAUCAGAAAAAUGUAACAAACCCGAAAUGAUUCUAAAUUACAUAUUAGUAAGUAGUAAUCUUCAAUCUUCUUUUGGUCUAAAAUAAACCAACUAUUCAAAUUGAUUGAGCUUAAAAAGUAAGUAUCAAAUUAAAAUUGAUUUAUAUUUAAGUUGUAUGAAUUAAACAUAUUUUAUAAA